AUGCUGGGACUUGUAGUCCUCGCGGGCGGGCGGGCGGGCGGGCGGGCGGCCUCGUCCCCGCUUCCCAUUGGACGUCGCGGCAGCCCCGCCCCCGUCCCCGCCAAUCGCCGCGGCGCACAGGGGCCUCAAAGCGAGGCUGAGGGCGCGCGCCGCAAUCACUGCAGGCGGCGGCGGGCGCGGCGCGAGUGGGCUGCGCGGGGCGGGUUCCCACGGUCGGCGGCGGGGCUGCAGAUUUCCACAGCCGAACUGCAGAGGAGAAGGAUGAUGUGGCUGCUGGCUGUGGCACUCGGCAUGGCCUUGGGCAGUGGUGCAGUUCCCGCAGAUGACCCCGAGGACCAUGGCAAACACUGGGUGGUGAUCGUCGCGGGUUCGAACGGCUGGUAUAACUACCGGCACCAGGCUGACGCUUGCCACGCCUACCAGAUCGUGCACCGGAACGGCAUCCCUGACGAGCAGAUUGUGGUCAUGAUGUACGAUGACAUAGCCCACUCUGAAGAGUAAGUGGCCGUGAUGUACGAUGACAUAGCCCACUCCCAAGAGUG